CGCGGUGGCUGCGGCGGGUGGCGUAGGGGACCGUCUCUGAGCGGCCGGGGAUGCUCCAGCAGGCGCGAUGGCCCCUGCCAUGCAGCCGGCCGAGAUCCAGUUUGCCCAGCGGCUGGCGUCCAACGAGAAGGGGAUCCGGGACCGGGCGGUGAAGAAGUUGCGCCAGUACAUCAGCGUGAAGACCCAGAGGGAGACAGGAGGCUUCAGCCAAGAAGAACUUUUGAAAAUCUGGAAAGGACUCUUUUAUUGCAUGUGGGUGCAAGAUGAACCCCUCCUACAGGAGGAGCUAGCAAACACGAUAUCCCAGCUCGUCCAUGUUGUUAACAACUCAGAGGCGCAGCACCUGUUCAUUCAGACCUUUUGGCAAACCAUGAAUCGUGAGUGGAAGGGGAUCGACAGGCUGCGCCUGGACAAGUACCACACGCUAAUCCGUCUGGUCCUAAGGCAGUCUUUUGAAGUGCUGAAGCGAAAUAGCUGGGAGGAACGCCAAAUUAAGCCGUUUCUAGACGUCUUAAUGAAGGAGAUCCUGCAUCCUGAGAGUCAGUGUCCGAAGGGCGUGAAGUUCCACUUCAUUGACAUUUACCUGGAGGAGCUGUCCAAGGUGGGAGGGAAAGAGCUUCUGGCCGAUCAGAAUCUCAAGUUUAUUGAUCCGUUCUGCAAAAUUGCUGCCAAGACUAAGGACCACACAGUAGUCCAGACGAUCGCGAGGGGUGUUUUUGGAGUCAUGGUGGCUCAGUCUCCUUUUGUACCUGAAGAGAUGGUGGAGGAGCAGAGAACCAGAGUGGGUGACAGCAAGCUCUCUGAAGAAGAGAUCUCUGAGAAUGAGAUGUCAUGGAGAGAAACAAUCAGCAGAAAGAAGACAGCCCUGGACAAACAUCACGCAAACGAUGGCAUCAGCGGUGACAGCGAGAGAGACAGCGGGGGCGCCUGUGAAGACCCUGAGCCACUGCUCCAGUUUGACUAUAAGGCUGUUGCUGAUCGGCUGCUGGAAAUAACCAACAGAAAAAACAUCCCUCCCUUCAACAGGAAGUGUCUCUCUAAACUAAUCAAAAAAUUCCAAGACCUUUCUGAAGGCAGUGUGUCUCAGCCCGGUUUUGCUGAGGACAAUUCUGCUGAUGAAGACGACCAUGCCGUCGGUCAAGGAAGGAAUAAGAACAAAGGAAGUAAGCCUGCAGAGAAAACCCAUCUGGGAAAGGAGAAAGGAAGCAAGUUCUUCCGUACGGAGGAGGAGGAAAACGAAGGCAGUACUCAGAAGAAGAGAAGGAAAAAGAAGAAGAACCAUCUCCAGCUUGAAAAUUUGGGCUCAGGGGACAAAACCACGUCCCCAGACCAGAACGGGAGCGAACCAGAGGAAGGGCAGAGAAAAGACCAGAAGGUUCCAAGCGUGGCUGAGACGGGAGCAGAGGAAGCCACCUCCAGCAUUGUGGAGGAGGGUGGCUUGGAGCAUCCCCCAGCCAUCCCCCCUUGCAACAAAAGGAAACGGCCCAAGAAGAGGAGCCUGAGGGUCCAGGAAGGGGUCCCAGGAUUACCAGUGCCACCUUCAGAGGACGUGACUCCAAGCGGCCCCAGCAGUGACUGUGCUCAGGAGCCGGCCGCCCGCAGUACCCCAGCAGGUGGCGUCCAAGUCCUGAAGAGGAAGCGGAAACUCGGAGCCCUCCCGGUCAAUGGCAGCAGCCUGUCUGUGCUGGCCUGGCCUCUGCUGGGGAAGCAGAGCCCUCAGACCAGCCCGGGGGAGGGAGAAGAUGGCCACCCUGCCCUGCCCCAGGGCAUGAGACUGAAGAAGAAGAAAGUGGUGCCCAGCAGCCUUGACCUCUGUAACCUCUAUGACCCAUCCAACCCAAAGACCACCAUCUUGAAAAAGAGGAAGAAGGUGAAGGAGAUGCUGCACUCGGUGGAGCACAAUGGAGUGUUGGAGGCCAAGGCCAAGCAGGUCCCUGUGCUGGGAAAUGGCGGCACAUUCAGCCCCUUGAAGAAGAAGCUGAGGGCGGAAAACGACUUCGUGAAGUUUGACACCUCGUUCUUACCAAAGCCCUCGUUCUUCAGGAAAGCUAAAAGCACCGCUUGCGCCUCCUUUCUGAGCCCCACCGUCCAGUUAAACAAAACCCCGUCCAGCUCCAAGAAGGUCACCUUCGGGCUGAACAGAAACACGACUGCGGAAUUCAAGAAGACAGACAAGAGUAUCUUGGUGAGUCCCACAGGCCCAUCCCGAGUGGCCUUCAACCCUGAGCAGAGGCCCCUCCAUGGGGUGCUGAAGACCCCCACGAGCUCUCCCUCCAACACUCCCCUGGCACCCAAGAAGGUGCUGGCCACCCCUCCAAAGAGAAGACCCACCGCCAUGGAUUUCUUCUGAUGGAACAGCAGGACUUCUUUUUCAAGACUGCUUUUGUACAGAAUAUGCUGUAAGUUAUAACUUUUAAAAUGUGGGUCCUUUUUUUAUUGUUUUAUAACUUCCCGUAAACUGUACACGGAAGGGCCUGACUGUGAGCUGGCACCCGCCAUUGCUCCACCCUGCCCCCGGGGCGGGGAAGGGCCGGGUCGAAUCUCUGCCACCAGCACUGAGCUCGCCAGCGUUCCACUGCGUGGGCACCUCCAGCGGUUACCGUGGCUGCGGUUACCAUGGCUGCGGUUACCGUGACUGCUGCCUGUGAAUGGAGUUGAGGAGAGCACAGGCCCAUAACUGUCAAUAAACUGAUGCUGUUAGCACAAUUCAAGUAUGGAAUGUCAUUUCCUGCCCAGCUCUCCCUGUGUGGGGAACUUCGGCCCUCCUUUCCAUGUUCCCCGAGCCAGCCGGUUUUCUGGCUGUAUUUAGUCUGUCUGACAAUGCUGCUUUUUAAAAAGCACGGAGGGCUUUGUUCGUGCUCAGUGGGCAUCUGCCAGUUGACCGAUUGGGAGGAUUCUUCUUAGUGAAUCAGCAAUACCGUAGUUUUUACUUGUGAUCAGCUGGGGGUCAUGUGGGGGAGCCUCAGUCUUCAGGCUGUGUGUCCUCCUCCCCCUCUGCUGUGCGUCCCUCCCUGCUUUCCUACCUCUACGGCACGCCCAGUGUCUUCACUGGGAGGGCCAGCGCCCCCCUCGGCUCCACAAGGACCAUGCGUCCUGGGCGCCGAGCCCCUCUGCUGAGGUUUGCAGUGGUCUUGCACCGAGCUCACUCGUUCUUCAAGGAGGGUGUCCACUUUCUCCUUGAUAUGUAAGCAGCUGAACCGAGGGCCUGAAAGACCCGCAUCCC